UUACGACACCAAGUGGUAUUAUUCGUAAUUACUUCCAUCUUUCAGUGGCAUUUCAUUAAGCUCCUUCUCUUUUAAAAACCUUUUCUUUUAUCUCUCUAUCUCUUUCUUCAUAGUUCGUGCACAGAGAGAGCUAAAGCUACAGUGUACAGAAGAAAAUGAGAGGACUCUCCAGAAACUCCGGCGCGGCGGCGAUAUUCGCGAUUCUACUCAUUCUCGCCGUUCAUAACUGGUCCGUCGCCGUAUCUUCUCAAUCCACCGAAUUCGCCGGAGAUUUCCCUCCAUUCGAAACAGAGUGCCGCGGUACAAUUGCCGAGUGCUCUGUUUCCGCCGCCCUCGGAGACGGAGGAGAUCUAUUCUACGGCGGAGGAGAAAUGGGAGAGGAGUUCGAGAUGGACUCAGAGAUCAACCGGCGCAUAUUAGCUACGAGGAGGUACAUCAGCUAUGGUGCGCUGAGGAGAAACACAAUUCCGUGCUCACGUCGCGGCGCAUCUUACUACAAUUGUCGACGUGGCGCUCAGGCCAAUCCUUACUCUCGUGGCUGCAGCGCCAUCACUCGCUGCCGGCGCUCAUGAAUCUAUCACUGUCAGUCUCACUGUAAUUCUUUUUUCUUUUCUUUUUCUGAUAUAUAAUUUUUCAGAAAUUUCUCUUUUCUUUUGUUACCGGUUUAUAUUUCUAAGUUCAUUGCGGAUUAUUAGAGUUUCAUACACAUGUAAAUGUUUCUGGGAAUUUAUCUCUGUUAUUGAUGUAAGUUUGUUUACAUAAACCAGAAAAAAAACUAUGGAAUAAAUACAUUAUAAUUAAUAGUAUCAUCACUCAUAAACGAAUUUGUUAUUGAAGUAAAUAUAUAUGAAAUGGAUUUGUUUUCGUAUUUAUGGUCCAUGGAUGCAUCAUGCAUGCAUGUGCCGAAGAAAUACCAGAUGCUAGAAAAAUAAAAUAAGGUUUUCUAAUUCAUAAACUAUAAUUAUAAGUUUCCAUAUGAAGAAGUAUGAUCACUAACUAAAUAAAAUAAUAAUUUCGUACAAACCAAAGUUGUAUAUUGAGGGCGAAUAAAGAGGCGAUAAUAGGAUUUGGUUGGGAGCCAACUAAAGCCAGCUUUCGGCAGAGCAACCACACGUGUAGGGAUAAUCUGUAAUAUUGAUUUUAUUAUUAUAUGAUACAUUUUGCACACACUAUGAAUUAAUACACCAUCAAUUUCUUCUAUAUGAAAAUUUCUUGUCACGGGGACUCAUACCUAUAAGCCAAACACAUAAGCUCUUCGUGAUUAACGAAAUUGAAAGGUUGCUGUAGGAAAAAAAAUUCAAAGAAAAAGAAAAAACGUUACAUUAAUUUAAAAGAGAAACAGAUGGUUAAGGACCCAUUUUUGAGACAUUAAAUAUCACACAACUAACAACAAUUCAAUUAGAGAUACUUUUGAUUUAUUGCACUCAAAAUCUAACGGGUCUAACACUUCCUCUUGUCACAUUUUGACACAACAAUACAAGAAGAUAACAAGUUAAAAUCACCAAAAGUUUGGACCACUACUUCCCCAUCACUCACCGAUUGUUAUACAUUCAGAAUUAUUAUAUGUAAAUAUUGAUGAUCCAAUAAUGAGGCUCAUCUAUACAUAAUUUUAUAUGGAUGUAAUAAGUCUCUAUCGUGUGCAUAUGAACAAGAAACGACAAGCACAUCAUCUUCCGCAUCCUUGUCACGCGGACUUAGCUUUCCCACACACUUAUACAAUUUCUCUCUUACAAACAGCAUUGUUUACAAUUUUAUUUCUUUUCGCAGAUUCAAUACACAUUGGUCACAUCAAAUUUCUGCAGCUGGCAUUGAUAUUUUUAUUGUUAUUUUGGGAUCUGUGAACUAUUAAUAGAUUUGGAUAUAAGCAAAUCCUGUACCUACCAUCUAUUCAUAUAUCAGCUAAAUACACGAUGUGAUUCCAAUGGAGUAUAGAUCAAGCAACCGACUCUUUGGACCACUAGACUU